AGAGAUAUUUUCAUGUCAGAGCUGCGUGCUGUUUGUGCUCCACGCUCUGUUGUCCUCAGCCUUCACUUUUGUCAAAAGACUGCCUUCAGUUUGGACGGAAACUGAAGGACUGCAGCAGCCAUGUUGCUGGCAGAAGGUGGAUGUGUGUUUCUGGGUUUCAUCCUGUGCAUCUCAGGGGUUUCUGGACGGGCAAACAGAAUCUGUGCAUUAAAGGGUUCGUCAGUGGAUCUGCCCUGCUCAGCUGAACGUCCCACUGUGAGCAUGCAGUGGUACACUGUGUACAAAAAUGCCUCCAAGAAUGUCCUGAAUGAGGUCCCUGCAGAUGGAAACCGUGUAAUGUACAACACGUCUGAAGAGAGCAAUUUCACUCUAACAAUCAAAGAUCUAAAAGAGAGUGAUGAAAAUCUUUACUGCUGCAGAGACGACCCAGAGCUCUGCUGGGGAAACAAAACUGAGCUCCGUGUUACAGACCUGCAGGUACAGGUGAUUCCUGCUCCAGAGGGACAGACAGUAACACUGAUAUGCAACACCAGCUGUCCUCUGACUGAAAACCCUACAGUCUACAUCUGGUACAAAAACGGAGAGCUUCUCUAUGAGGACUGGUCUCCCUGGUACCGAGAGCUGGUCAGCGGUGAGGAAGCAGUCACAUACUCCUGUGCUAUCAAAGGCUACGAGCAUCUCAGAGCUCCUGAAGUUUCAGUGGAUUCUGUCACAUCGACCUGCUUUAGUGUGACCUACGCUAAGGGGAAAAUGUGUUCUUAUAAGCAGACAUCAGUGGACCAGCCCUGCUCCAUCAUAUUUCCCGGAGAAAUACAUAUUCAAGAGACUCUUGGGAAGAACUCUAUCACACUGACCUGUACCACCAGCUGUCCGAUGGCCGACCCUCAAACCGCCUUUAGGUGGUACUGGAAAAAAGACUUGUACAGUCACUGUGAGAGUCAACACAUUACAUUUAUGAACCUUUCUUCUGGAGCCUUCUCCUGUGCUGUGAAAGGCCAUGAAGGUCUGCACUCUGAUCGAUUCUGUCUUAUGAAAGAUCACUGGAUUGUGAAUUAUGCCAGCAGGAGACUCUGUGCUCUGGAAGAUUCUUCAGUGAACCUUAUAAGUAAAUACUGGCGGCCCAGAUCGCAACGCCAUAAUAAAGGCCAAUGGCAUAAAGUGAAAAGACGUGAUGAGGAGGAUGCUGAACCUCUGACUAAGGAUGCAGACCGUGUGGAGUUUCCUGCCAGUUUGAACAACUACCACACGCUGAGAAUCAACAACCUGAAGAAGAAUGACUCAGCAGAAUACACCUUUACUCUCAACCAUGAAUGGGCACAGUCUGAUUUACCUGGAGUCACUUUAGUUGUCACAGGUCUGAAAGUGACAAUGGCUCCUUCUGCAGUGAUGACAGAGGGCCAGAGAGUCACACUGACCUGCAGCACCAGCUGUCCUCUGCCUGACAACACAACCUACAUGUGGUUCUUUAACAGUCGACUUCUGACCCUGACAGAGAACCAAAACAAACACCUGGUUCUGAACUCAGUGAACAGUCAGCAUGAAGGAAACUACUCAUGUGCCAUCGAAAGCCCCCAAAACAUCAGCUCACCUGUGGAGACUCUCACUGUCGAACCUCUGACAUCAAUAGUGGUAUUGAACGCAGUAAAGCUGACUAUUCUAUCAUUGAUCCUGCCGGCUGUAUUGCUCUUCCACAUGGUGAUGAGGAGGAGGAAAACUCUGAGCUCCGCCACUGAACAAAGUGACAAAGCACGAACUGGACGGGCGGACUCACUGUAUGAGAGAAUCACAUUGAAGACCAUGAAUCCUGCAGCACCGAAAGAGCCAGCAGAGCACCGGGAGCACACUGUGUAAUAUCAGCUUGGAUUUCAGAAAUCCGUAAGGGUUACUUCGCAGGAGUGCAGAUAAAACGUCUGUCUGCAAAGGCACCUGUAAGCUCAGUAUGUUGUGCAGCCGAACCCGGAGGUCACAAAAAGGUUAUCCUUGUCCUUUAUUAUAUCUACUGCUGCCUGCCUUAGCAACCACUUGGGGUUGGAUGCAAGAUUCUAAUCUGAUUCACACAUCCGUUCACAAAGGCCGACUGCGUGUUUAUAAAGCUGUAUGUCACACGCUCUUGUUAACCUCCUGUGAACCAAGGAGUGAGUUGUUGCAUACUGCUGCCAUCAUUAGGCAACAAAUCCACUCAGUUUGUAUUAUAGCCUAACAAUUUUCAUGUUGCAAUUAAAUCAUUUUCUUGUUAUAUUUUACAUGUUUUUACUUAUUCUUGUUUGUUGUGUCUUGUUUGUCUGAUAAUAAUGUGUGUAAUUACAUUAUUGAAUGGCAUAUUUUUUUGUUUUUAUAUAGGCCGACAGUAGAUGGUUUUGUACAGGCCUCUUUGCUUCCUCCCUCCCCUUCAAAUAUCAAUUUAUUCUUAUUAUUGUAUCAUGUAUUUUACUGUGAUGUUUUAAUUCUGCAGAGAUUAAAGCUACUGUACUGUAAACUUUUCUCAAAACAUUGCCAAAUAAAUAAAUGAAUAAAUAAUCAGUUGUCCAGCUGCUCAACUUUCUGCCUCUGAACAUGGGAAUUUGGUGGAACUAUGAUUCAGAGACUUAUUGGACAAUGAUUAGGAUGGCUGUAAUUGCUUAUC